UUGUACAAUAAAAUAUAUUAUCCAGAGCCGUGAUGAGAUAGUGACUCUUAUCUACAAUCUUUACUGUUACUCCGAUCUUAGCACCCAAUAACAUAUAAUUCAAUUCCUAUGUCUAUAUAUUUAUUGGAAACUUAUUCGUUAUAAAUGGAAAACGAGCAAGUAGAGGUGAGAGACAUGGCGACACGAAAGGUUCGUUUGCAAAUCCGAAAAUACAUGCUUGUAUUUUUUGCUUUGAUCAUGAUUUUCAUAUGGAUGAAUCAUAGCUCAAAAACGGAUUCUUCAAGGAAACCGGAGAACGAUACCCCAUUGCAAUUGCCAUUAGAAGUGGUUCAAUCAACUCCAAAUAUCGAUCGAGCGAAACGUCUCUAUGAAUUGGCCAACCAACACAAGAUAUUGAAAAAUGUUAAAAAUAAUGUGGGGACGGAACAAAUGGCAGCCACUACGGGAAUGUCCUAUGAUGAUAAAAAAGGUACCUUUGACGAAAUAGUGGAUGUAAAAAAAAAACACAGAAUACACACGGUCAAACCGGCCAGGUAUUUUGUUAAUAGUCACAAAUGUAAAAUGCCCUAUGCGGAUCCCUUCUCACACGAUGCCCUUGAAAUUUAUAGUCCAUCGACACUGAAGAGUUGCACCAAUGAAUCUGAUCUUUUUUUACUUGACUAUAGCAUGGAAAGUCAGCAAUACAUAUUGCAUAUAAACCAUGAAGUCUUUCGAAAAUUGGCUCCCAAAGUCAAGGAUAUUGAAUGUAAUUAUCGUGAGAUAGUCAGAGGCAACGAUACCAAACCCGAUUCCAACAUCAAUUUCAAGGAACCCAUUGGUUUCUAUCACUCCGUAGUCCUGGAUCGAAGUAUUAACGGAAUAAUUGCUGAAUGUCGUGAUGCUAAAGAUGCCUCGCGAAUUAUACAACAAGAUGCAUUUUCCUUGAUUCAUGUGAAAAAUAAUUCCAUCCCUAAAGUCACAAGUCAGAGACAACCUAGUGUCAUUUUGCUUGGAUUGGAUAGUAUGUCACGGAUGAAUUUCCAUCGCACCAUGCCGGAGACUGCAAACUGGCUACGCCAAAGAGAUUGGCUCGAAAUGGAAGGCUAUAACAAAGUUGGCGACAAUACGAUGUCCAAUCUUUUGCCCACUCUUACGGGGCACAGUCAGGAAGAAGUUGAGAAAAUAUGUGAUAUACGGGAAAAAGGUUGUUUUGAUAGUUUACCAUGGAUAUGGAAUGAUUAUAAGAAGGCUGGUUAUAGAACAGCAUAUGCCGAAGAUAUUGUCGAGGAGGCUGUCUUUAAUUUAAACAUGCCAGGAUUUAUCAGUGAGCCAGUGGAUCACUAUUUGCGUCCCUUUAUGUUGGGUAUAAGCGAGGCCAUGAAAUCUUAUAAAAGAUUUGGCUAUAAAUAUUGCAUAGGUCGUCGCUUGAGUAUCGGCUAUGUCUAUGACUUUUGUCGGCAGUUCACCGAACGAUAUGUUGAGAAAUCGGAUCAACCAGUAUUUGGCUUAUUUUGGAGCAGUACAUUCACCCAUGAUUUUUACUUCGGGGCCUCCAGUUUGGAUAUGAAAAUGCUUGAAUAUCUGAAGACUUUAGAGAGCCAUCAGUUGUUUGAGAAGGCCAUUGUGAUACUCUUCAGUGAUCAUGGAGCUAGAUUUGGAGACUUAAUGGAGCUGCCAGAUAGCUUUUUAGAAGAACGUUUGCCCAUGUUACAUAUCUAUUUGCCAUCCUGGUUUCGUAGCGCUCAUCCGAAAUUUUGGAAAGCCUUGCACAUGAAUCGAAAUCGCCUGAGCUCCAAUUACGAUCUCUACAACACUCUACGUCACAUCCUUCAGCUGGACGCCACCGACCAUGAUGACUUGUCUCCGCUGGACACUUGCCGCACUAGCCGUUCUCUUCUCCAUCCACUGCCGAGAGAUCGCAGUUGUGGUGAGUCCUGUAUCGAGGAACAUUGGUGCACCUGCAAUGAGUAUAUCAUCCAGUCUGUGGACAGUCAUAUGUAUCAAAUGGCCAAAAGACUGCUCUUUCGCAUCAACUACUGGAUGGCCAAAAAUCACUUUAAUCUGAAAUGCCAGCGCCUGCAAUUAGCCGAUAUCGAUCAUGUGGAACGUAAAGUUCUAUUCGAAGACAUGGGCAAAGAGUCCAUGUAUGGAGGCAUCUCUAUUUAUCGCAUGCGUUUCCAUACCUAUCCUCCGGACGGUAAGUUCCAGGCCACUUUACGCUUUAAUCGCGAUGUCCAGGACUUUGAUCAUCUAGAUGUGACUCAGAUCAGCCGUUUGAAUGCCUAUGACAAUAGUUCCCUCUGUGUGUCUGAUAAGAUGGCCAAAAAGUUUUGCUUUUGCUAUCCUCCUAAAAUGGAAAAUGAAAUGCUGAAAUGGAGAGAUCUCAAAAUAUUAAAAAACAAACGAACAACUGUAAUUGAUUAG